AAUUAACGAGUGUUGAAAAUGGACCUUGGGAAUUUGGAAAUUAUCGUUACUUAGGAACUUCUUCUGAAUUAAAAAAAAGUGAUGAUACAUUAAACGAGAAGAGAUUAGAAGAUAUUGAGAGAAUCAAUCAUAUUAUCAAAAAUAAUCUUACGAUAAAUGAUAUAUUAAAGAACAAAAAGGAUUUAUUACCGAGAUCAUGGCUUAGAAGUUUGAAAGAUCUUGAAUACUUGAUCAAAAAAGAGAAAGAGAUUAGAGAAGCAAAUAUUAAAAGAUUUUGGCGUCCGUGCGGUAUUUAUUUAUUUGGACCUGGUGGAUCUGGUAAAUCUGGUUUAGUGCAAAAAUUGUUCAGAGAAGAACUUUACUCAAAACCUCAGAAACAAAAAUCAGGAAGUAAUUGGUGGGACGGUUAUUUUGGUCAAGAUAUAGUUUUUUUUGAUGAAUGGUAUACUUGUUUAUCAUGGGCAGAUAUCGUUAAGCUAUUAAAUGAUACCGACGAAAGUGUUGAAAUAAAAAAUAAAGGAUUCGUUCCUUUUCUUGCGAAAUAUGUCUUUAUGACAUCUCGAAAACCACCUCAAGAGGCUUUUAAUUUUGGAAACGGAAAUGUUGUAGAUAAUACAACAGUCCAUCGUGACUGGGGUGAAUUUUCAGACGAUCAAAUAGUCAAAAAAAUUAAAACAUCAG